GUCAGAUGUCACCAAGACCGUCCUGAAAUGGCAUGCAAGUUUAAAAAAGGGCACGGACUUUGAUUCAUGGGGGCAGCUGGUGGAGGCAAUUGAUGAGUACCAGAUACUUGCACGGCAGCUGCAGAAAGAGGUCCAGUCCUCAAAUUCUCAGGAUUUCACAGAGGAACAAAAGAAAACCCUGGGGAAAAUUUCAGCAUGUCUUGAAAUGAGAAGUGCGUCUUUACAGAGCACACAGUCCCAAGAGGAAUUUACCUUACAGGAUCUGAAGAAACUGGAACCCAUCAUCAAAAAUAUUCUUACUUACAACAAAGAUUUCCCCUUUGAUGUCCAACCAGUGCCUUUGAGAAAAAUCUUUGCACCAGGGGAGGAAGAGAACCUAGAUGUCGAAGAGGAGCUGGACACGGCUACAGGGACGGGCUUAAUACAGUCCUUCCCUACAAGGGUGCCAGGUACUUUAUUACCACGCCUUCCCUCAGAGCCAGGAAUGACGCUGCUCACUCUGAAAAUCGAGAAGAUUGGUUUAAAAGAUGCAGGACAAUGCAUUGAACCUUACAUGACAAUUAGUGUCCGAGACUUGGAUGGUGUUGAUUUAAACCCUGUUCAGGACACUCCAGUGUCAACACAUAAAGAAGAUACAUACAUUCAUUUCGAUGUAGAUGUGGAGAUCCAGAAACAUCUUGAGAAGCUACCAAAAGGUGCUGCUAUUUUCUUUGAAUUCAAACACUACAAGCCCAAGAAGAAGUUCACCAGUACCAAGUGUUUUGCCUUCAUGGAGAUGGAUGAAAUCAAACCUGGCCCCAUUGUGAUCGAGCUGUACAAGAAGCCAACUGAUUUCAAGAGGAAGAAACUCAAUCUCCUUACGAAGAAGCCACUCUACCUUCACCUCCAUCAAACUCUACAUAAAGACUGAGCGACACAUGGGUCAGCAUAAAACUGAUCAUAAGGAACAGCACUUUUCCACACCUGCCAGCAUUUUUGGUUAUUUGACUAAAGUUUGGUCCAUCACCUUUAUUAGAAUAUAACAUUAUGACCCUAGACUUCAGCCUUGAGGUUUCAUAAGACUACUUCAAGUGUCUGUCAAGUGUUUCCAAACAUUUGUAAAAGGGUGAGCAACACUCUUGGAAACACUGAGUAUGUAAUCUGCAUGUUUUCUCACUAGUUCAUCUUUGGUCCUUCAAAGUCAUCACUGAUCAAGGAAGACAUUGACACUGGCUUUGCUCUGCCCAGGCAGUGUGAUGGCCAAGCACCCACAGUGUGUGUCUUCAUGACCUAAUAACGCUGGUCCAUUGUUAAUUAUCACUAUGAAAGAGAUUUGCUCCUGAAUGUUGAUUUUUUAAGUGAAAAGAAGUAAACACAAGUUUGGACUCCUUA